AUGGAUCCAUCUCACUUAGAGUCCGAUCCCACAGGCCAAGAGUCUCAGCUUGCUGGCCUAGAUUUCAACUCUGCCAGCCGAGAUUAUUUCUCCACUGGCCAAGAAUUCGACUUUCCCUAUCAAGAAUUGGACCUGGACUCUCUUAACGAAGAUUUUUAUUCCCAGUACAUUCCAAAUGCCAUGACAGACACCUCUGUGGACACAUAUGAGUCCCACCUAACUUCUGAACCAGGGAAUAUGACAGAAGCUGAUCAAAGGGAGCUCAAAUCUGAGCUCACUAAAUUGGAGGCAGAAAUCAUAACUCUACGCCAAGCACUGGUAGCCAAAGAGAGACGCUGUGGGGAGCUCAAGAGGAAGUUGGGCCUCACCGCCUUGGGGGGUCUGAGACAGAAUCUGUCCAAGAGCUGGCAUGAUGUUCAGGUCUCUAAUGCCUAUGUGAAACAGAAGACGUCAGCUGCCCUGUCCACCAUGGGCUCUGCCAUCUGCAGAAAGUUUGGAGACAUGAAGAAGUCAGCCACAUUCAGAUCUUUUGAAGGUCUGAUGGGUACAAUCAAGUCCAGAGUCGCAGGGGGCAGAGAGCUUGGCAGUGAUUGUCUUCCUUCUUCAGCAAGAAGUGGGGAUGAUCCACUAACCAUGUUGGGAAGUGGAGAUGACCUGCUCCAGGUUCCAGGAAGUGGGAAUGAUGAUCCGCAAACAGUUCCAGAGAGUGGGGAUGACAUGCUUCCAUUUCUGCAGCCAGAAUGA